AUGGCGCCUCCACCACCACCAGCGGCGGCGGCGGGUCUGAAGGCCGUGAAUACCAAGCGCUACACCUUGGCGGCUCUCCUCGCGACGCUCGCGGUGGCGGCCAUCGUCACCACCUUCUUCGUUCUGCUCUGCCCGGCGCGCAUCACCUUCUCCGUCGCGCACACGGGCAGCAGCCACAACAGCUCCGGGCCCGCAGGCGGCGGCGGCGGCAGCAGCGUGCUCAGCCUCACCCUCGCCGCCGACAAUCCCAGCCGGCGCGCAAAGGUGACGUACGAGAGCAUGUUCGUGGACGUGAGCAACAGCACGGCGCCGGGAGCCCAGUGGGACAACUGGGUGCGGGCGACGGUGACGACGCGCAUGCCGCGGCGGCAGCCGGGGCGCACCGCGGCCAUCGACGUGACGGUGCCCCUGGUGGACGCGCCCUGGACCCAGGACUUCACCGGGAACAUGAGCAGCCGCUUCUCCGUCAUGGUCACCGCGCAGGCCAGGUUCAGGGUCGGCGUCGCGUGGACGCGGCUCUACGACAUCAAGGUCUCCUGCAGCCCCGUCAGCUUCUUCACCGAGAAAGCUAUACCGGGCGGUGCCGCCGCGGCCGCCGGCGGCGCAGCUGGCCUGCCGGUCAGAUGCGUCUAG